CCUUGUGACUCUAACACAUUGCCCUUAUUCCCCACUUUCAGAGUCUCAAAGAGAGACAUCUAUCUUAAAGAUUUUUAUAAGAACCAAAACCAUUUGUACAAGAGAAACGUACACACCCCUGCAAGGAAACUCCUGGCUUCCAGCACUUCUCUGAGGUCAGCAUCUAUUGGACUCCACCCUCUGGGAAUGAGGGCACUCAGGACCUGGGUAUCAGACCUGAGGUGCAUGGAUUCUGAAUCCUUCCCGCUUCCUCCUUUCCUGGCUCCGCCCUGGAAUCAUCACUCGGGUUGAAAGCAGCCGCUCAGACCUGCGCACAGACAGGCUACAGCUGCAGGCGUGGAGGAGCCGGUUACCGGGUCGCAGGAUCUACUUCAACCUGGAGUUCUUCCCAGCUCCUAGACUGUAUCAUCUGACAAUGAGGAACCAGGCCCAAGGUGGUUGGACUUUGGGUACAGAGACUGGUGGGAAGGGACCCUGGCAUCCCUGUCCAGAUUCUGGAACCCUCCAGAGCCCUUCCCGGGAGUGUCCCAAAAACCAGUAAGGAGGACUAGCAACGCCUUAAAACUCAUCCACGUCCUGCUGGCCAUGCUGACCUUGGCAUCCACUCUCCUCGCUCCCAGGAUGUUCUGGGUCCUCUUGUUGUUGGCCACCUUCAGGAGUUCUCAGGGUGGAACCUGGGACAACCCCAACUGCACCAAGGGGGUGGUUUCUGUGUUGAGGGGCAAGCCAGCCACGAUGAGCUGCAGCAUCUCCAAUGCCUUUUCCCACAUCAACAUCUCCCUGAAAGUGAACCCCACGGCACCCUGGAAGCUCAUCUGCAGUGUAAAGCCCCCAGGAGACUUCUGCCACGAUGGAUGGGAGCUCUGGAUUUGGGACGGCGAGGCAUACCUAGUAACUGACAAAGCCCAGGUCACCCAGGCAGGGCAGUACAACUGGAUUCUGCAGGGACGCCAGAUAAAUACCAAGAUCACCACACUGACCGUCGUAGACCCGCAUUACCUGCCUCUCACACCUUCCGCAGGUCGGCAGAUGAGCACACCCCGUUCGGAUCAUAAUCCUGAGCGAGAUGCUGGUAAUCUUCCCCAUCCUUGCCUCGUAGUCCUCCUCAGCCUGCUGAUCUGCACACUGGCCUAGCGCCGAAGGAGUGGCUCCCUGAACUUCAAGCUCCAGAAGAACAUGAAUAAGAACCAGUUUGAGGGACCUUCCAGGAAGCACUUGAGGAACCAAAAUGAGGAUAUCAGUGGCCUGGGAUGAAGCAUGGGGCCUCCUCUACCACCCCCAGUGCAUAGAGCAGCGCCUCUGGAUGGGAGGCCGGACAGGUGGCUGCUGGUGGAAUCUGUGUCCAACCUCCCUGCCCUGGGGGAGGGCAGCCCUGGGGCUCCCCUCUCUGCCACCUGCCCCACCAGGUGCCCCUUCCUGUUCCCAAACUGCAUCCCAAACCAUAUAUGCCAGAUGUCUUUACAAGCAAAACUGUGCAACCCCACUGAGUGUAUUCUUUGUCGUUUUUUUUGGAGGUGGGCUGGGAUGUCUUUUUUUCUUCCUUUCCUCUUUUGUUCUCUUAUGAUUUGAUGACUUUCGUGAUGCACUUGAAUUCCUUUUUCUUUUGAAUGUGUAUGUCUAUGAUAAUGACUUCUGGUUUGUGGUGACCAUGAGAUUUCGAUACAGCAGUCUACAUAUACGUGCAGGAGGGUUUUCAGUUGCUCAUCUCUUCCUUUCCAGUGCAUUUCGAAUGUCCUGCGUGCGUCCUCUCCUCC